UCGGAGGUGCAUGAGGAGGAGACAAGGACAGGGAGAGUAACUGGCCGUCCGUCCGUCCGUCCGCUGUAUUUACCACUGAAUGCUUCUCCAGGUCGCCAAAUCAGCCGCAACAACUGCAAUAAUGAUCCACUGUAACAGACUCGGGAUUCGAGUGAUCUGAUUUAUUCCUGGUCUGUUCUCAGCCUCUGGAACCCUAUCGGUGGGGCCUAGGGAAUGUGUCGCCCAAUCUAAAGCCUGGGUCGUGGAAAAAUAUUGGCUUCUAUUUCUGUACGUAUCUUAGCUGAACGCAAGUGGCUUGCGACCUGCGCCGAAUUAUGUUGUUUUGAAGAUUUGUGCAAUGAUGGGAUAGCUGUUGAAUUUGAUCAUGGCCGCCGAGUCUCAAUCGGGAUUUCAAUUAAAACGACGGUCACAAAAAAAAAUAAAUGGCUGACUCACCAGACCAAAGUGGCCAACUUUGAGAUGCUUCUGGAGAAGUGAAAAAUGGAACAGGUGAUUUCCUCAGGCACCAGAAGUGGAGCAUGACUAGGUUCAGCUGGGGUUUCUUUGCUGCAGCAAGGAAGGAAGCCCUGGCCUGCACCCUGCUGCAGAAGAGCACUUCACUGCACCUUUUCCCGCAGAGCACCAGUCCAGAUACUGGCACAGCAAGGAAAUGGAUUGAAGGGGAUUGUUGGGUGGCUCCAUUGGCCAAUAGUCAGGCAGGAGGAGAAUCGGGCCUACUGUCUCAGCUUCACAAAGGUCAAGCCCUGCCAGUAGUGCUGAGCCAAGGGUCGAAUGAAAUCCAUGAUAAGGAGGCAUUUUGGAGAAAGCUCUUUGCGAUGGGUCAAGAAUCCGGAAAAGCAGCUUGGCCCAGACCAGCAGGAGGUUAUCAGACUCUCACCGGAAGAAGAUAUGGGAGAAGGCAUGCUUAUGUUAGCUUUCGACCAUCUAUUGCCAAGCCAUGGAAACAUUUAAAAGAAAGUGAACACCAGUGGGAAGGAAUGGAGCUAAACACUGUUUCAAAAGAUAAUGGCUUAUCUGCCAGUGGAAUCUUAUCAACAAAUGAAUUGCUUUCACAAUGCACUGGAUAUGACCAAACUAUGGAUCCCAAAAAAGAUGUGGAUUUCGAGCCUCAAAAGGAGAAUAGAUUUUUGUCAUCACCUUUGAAUCGAGGACUUUUUCAAUGUGAGUCCAAUGAAUUUGUUUUACCCAGUGCUACAGAACCAUUAGGCAGUUAUUUAGAUAGCCAAAAUACCGAGUCCCCCAAGUGGUCAAUUCCUGGUGAUUUUUUUGAGACUGCCUCCAGAAAUCAGGGUGGCAUUGGUCUUGUAAACAUGGAUUCAUAUGAACCAGAAAGUAGUGAAGGAGAGGACGAAGAUUCAGCUACUCAUUCAUCCUUACAAAAAGAGGGAAAGCUUCAGAAAAGAUUGGACACAAUGCUUUCAGAGUUAGAAAAAGGUGUUGACUAUCUUAAUGGGCUACAAUCCUACCUCUCUGCUGUAAUCCAUGAUGGUAGCAACCAACAAAUUGAGCCACCGUGUUCUGUGGCAAUGGAUAAUUUGCCCAAUAUGGACAUUGCUGUUAAAGGACAUCAAAGUGAAUUGAAAGAGCAUCUGAAACCUUUACCAACAUUAGGAAAUGUGGAAGAAAUUAAUGGCUAUGUCAAGAUGGAGGAGAUUAAGGAGAAAAGAGAAAGGAAUCUUGAUAAGAGCUCACUGGGUGUCCAAGCUGGAGGAAACCUAUUCUGUUGUAUGACAGAGCAACCAAGCUCCUCAGAAAUGGUAGUAAGACCAAAGGUUAGGAAGGAGAGAACUGACACCCAUUCUAUAAGAGAUCUGCACUCACCUGAUGAUCUUUACGGCCAUUGUACAAAGGAAAUGAAAGGUAACAUUGAAUGUUGUGGAUCAAAUUUUGCCUUGUGGAAUUGCAUGGAUAAAAUCCAUAAAGAUUCAAGAUCUGGAUCUAAUGUCAAGGAAACAACUGGUAUUCAUAAAGAACAGGCUACCAACCAACAAGAAAAUCUUGAUGAUACCAUAACAGAUAACAGCUUCUGGGAUGACUUUGAAAAUGAUUGUAAUAUAGGGGAAGAGAGCAGCUCACUAAGCAGUGGUGAGGAGUGGUCAGCAAUAUGGACCUCUGAUUUUGUCUUAGAAAAAAUGCACUCUAGUGAUGAAAGCUGGGAAACCUUAUCAGGAGUUGAUGAACAACCAACUGAACCAAACAGCAUUAGUAGCAGCUUGGAUGAAGAAGCCUUUAACCACUACUUUACUGUGGGAGAACCAGCCUCCUUGGAAGAAGGAGAGAUUCCUUGGGUGGCAUUUAAUGAAGAAAGUGAUAGCACUAGUAGCAGCAGCAGCAGCAGCAGCACCGAUGAGACUGAAGGGCUAGGUCAACUUGGGCAUUCAGGACUUCUAAUUCUAAAUGACAGCAACAACUUUGAAGAUGAUUCCAGCAUAAGUGAAGAUUUGGAUAUGGAAUGGAGACUGCUAGAUGAACUUGGUGAAGGACUUGCAGCUCAAGCUAUAUCAUCUGUUGAUCCACAGCUCCUUACGUUCAUGGCUCUAGAAGAGCGAUUGGCUCAAGCAAUGGAGGCUGCUCUGGCACAUCUGGAAUCUCUGGCCAUAGAUGGGGAGCAAGCUCCACCUCCAGCUCCCAAGGAAACAAUUGAAUGCUUACCACAAGUUCCAAUCACUGAGGAGCAUAAUGGCCUGGAACAAUCCUGUGCUAUCUGUUGCAGUGAAUAUGUGAAAGAAGAUUUGGUAACAGAAUUACCAUGUCACCAUCUAUUUCAUAGACCAUGUGUGACCCUCUGGUUACAGAAGUCUGGGACAUGCCCUGUUUGUCGUCAUAUUCUCGCAUCGACACUUCCAGAAGCUGCUGCUGCUACUGCUACAUUUUUGUCAGAACCAGGAACCCCUCCUCCUACACGUGACGGUCCAACAAUCCGAUGAAGCUGGAUUCUGCCCAUUGAAUGUAAAAGGAAACUGCACUAUUUAAAUAGGAGCAGAAAGUAUGAAACAUAUGUUUGUGAUUUUGCUUGUAGGCUUAUUUUGUUAAAGGCUGACAAAACUGUCUUACUACUGGUGAGGUGUGUAAUUCUGCAUUAUAAUUAUAUGUAAAAACUUGAAUUAAUGGUUGUACUUUUGUGACAGCAAAUUAGACCUUGUAAAUAUUUUGGUGGGGGUGGAUUUAUGAUGUGUUUGAUUUGUUCUCUGUUUAAAUGAAAUUCGAAAUAUGCAUUUUAUUUUUAAAAAAUCAUGUAUUUUGAUGCUGAUAAUUGUAUUUGCAAAGAGCUUUUGGGCACAAAUGUAUGAAGGUUUAUUUUGAAAUUUAAUUCUGAGGUUUUUUUUUGUUUAACGCAGUAACACACUGACUUUACAUAGGGUGAUGGAGCGUGAGGAAGUUGUCUUAGUUCCAUGGGAUAAAAUUGUUUAGUUUCUUACAAUGGGACCAGCACAGUGCUCAUAAAUGAAGACAUCAUCUGAUAUCACAACAGCAUUGAGUUCUGUUUCACCUCCAAUAAAGUGCAUCAUUAAAACUGUAAGCACCGCCAUACUCUUUAAAUUGAAUGUCAUCGCUAAUUCAAAAUUCUAGAAAGAAAUAAUCUCAACAUUUAAAACUGGAAUGUAUUUAACAGAUCUUUGUAUUUGGUAGUUAGCAACUUUGAAAUUUGAUAGAUUUUUACAUUAAGAAUCCUUUGAAUGAAUUCCCUUCCAUAUUUUGCAAGCGAGACCACUGCCAUAAUAACUUACAAUGCCCAACAUUGAAGUUAGCAUCGUUUAGUUAAGUUUCUGAUCAGAUUUCUAUGUUAAAUAAGUUUCUAAUCAGAAUUGCAUGCAGGGGAUUUUCCUUGAUAACUCAGAAAUAAAGGGAUUCAUCUAUUUUUAUUGUUUUUUUUUCUGUUAGAAUUUAAUUUUUUUUCCCAAAAACUAGAAAAAAAGUGGGAUUACUUCCUUGUAGAAAAACAGGUAUUUAAAAAUCACUAAAACAAUGUCUUGAAGUUUAUAUUAGAUUUUUGAGAAUAUUAUCUAUUAUAAAUACAUUAAAAUGCCAAUAAUGCUUUGAAAAGAUCAGUCAAUUCUUAAAAUGAAUCUGAUAUUAUUUAAAUUCUCAAACUAUGAAGGAUUUGAACUUGUACAAUAAAUUAGGAGGGCAAAAAGGGGCAAUGAGAUAUCCAUGGCAGAUAGGAUAAAGGAAAAUUCUAAAAAUUAUAAGUAUAGUAACAGUAAAAGCAUAGUUAGGGAGAGAUUAGGUCCCCUUAAGGAUCAUCAUGGUAACCUAUAUGUAUGUGGAGGAACUGUAAUAAGAGACAUCUGGACUGGUACUUGAAUGAGUAAGGCAUUGAGGGAUAUGGAAUUCAUACAGACAAGUCAGAUCAGUUUUGAUAGGCAUGAUCAGCAUGGCUGUGGUGGGUCGAAGAGCUUGUUUCUAUGCUGUGCAGGUCUAUGAACUUUAAAGUUCCAUCAAUCCGAUGUACUCAGGACUUCAGUGAUGCUGGACUGGCAGAUUAAAGGGAGAGCAGUAAACAGGGUUUCAGGGAAUUAAAUGGGAGUGUGGGGAAAAGGGGUCCUGAUGAGUUUCAAGGGAGACAGUAACCGAUGCUCUGGUGUGUUUACAGGGAGAACAGGAAAAAGGGCUUCAGCGAAUCCAGCAUAGAAAUCGGGGCCCUAGUCUGUCAUGGCAGUGGCGGAACAGGUGACCCUGUGUGUUAAUGAGAGUGUGGAAACAGAACACUGGUGUGUUAAGGCAAAUGUGGGAAUCAGUAUCGAUGAGCCAGUUGCUGAACCAUCAGGAUUUCUGAACAAUAGGGGAUGAGUUUCACUGUAUUCUUCGGAGCAUAUAUUAUCAUUUCAUUACCUAAAGGGCCAACAAAUAAUUCUGAUGUUUCCCAUCAGAUCCCUUCACCCACAGGAUUAUGAAAGUUAAUUUUAGUAUGCAGCCCAUAUGCUUAUUAGACUUUAUAAUAAAAAUAUGUAUCCUAAUUUACACUCUAAUGCAUGAAAUAUGAAUGCCAAUGAGAAAGUUUUCCCAUUUUUGUUAUUUUUAUUUAUUCUCACAUGAAUUUAUAUAUUGGAAAGAUAUGGAAAAUUAGUUUGCCUGGGCUUGUAAAUUCAGUUUUGUAGCUGCUUUUGGUACAGUAAGUAUUUGAUUUAUGAAUUAUUGGUAUUAUGACAUUUACUUUUUGGAAUACACAUCUUCAAUUCAUGAAACGAUUUAUCUCUAUUAACUAAUAUCAAGUUACACUCUAUACAUAAGGAGAUGCUUUACCAAAAUAUAUUUUGCCCAGCCUUUCAAUUUAUGAAAUUUUGCUUAACAAUAUAUUUCCAGAAACUGUAAGUAUCCCUCCCUGAUACAGAUUAGCUUUGUUCGGCCUUGAGCCCAUCCAGGUUGGUUAAUGUCAUCUGAGACUCAGAACAGUGUCACUCGGACCUUUUCUAAAAGUUUGUUGAAGCUACUAAUGUAAUGUGUAAUACUACAGUGGACAGAACACAAGUUUCUUGUAGUUUCUUGUAACAUCCUAUAUGAUAAGCAAUGUUAUAAACUAUAAAGAAGUACCAGCAUUGCUGAAGCUUUUAUACUUUUAAUCUUACACAGCUUUAACUCCUAACUAAAAUUUGCAUGUAAUUAGCUCUUACUAGGAAUCAGGAUACAACUCACCCCAGUGUUUUAAGAUGUGUUUAAAUCUGUCUGUAGUUUCUUUGUAAAACUUAAAGAUUUGCUCUCAACCACCCCCUCCACCUCCCCCCCCCCCCCACACACACACCCUCCCCUACCUCUGAUGGACACCUUUUCAUUAAAAUGAUGCCCAUGACAAUUAUUGAAGCAAACCUUGCCCCUUUCCCUUUGUGAUCGUCCCUUCCAUGUGGAACUCAUUCACCCUAAUGCCAAUUAGUCCUAUGUCAUCAAUUUUUACUGAAGAGACAUGGAGGAAAGGAACUCUAAGCUUAUCAUCACCAGGAGGAAUUUUCUAAAUGUGCAGACAUUCAGUGGACAGUCAGACUGCAAAACCUGUUUCAAGAAAAUGAAGAACGUUAAUCUUGUUUGUGAAAGAAAUGAACUGUUGCCUCGCAGCAGCUUCAGUUCACAGCCUGUUUCAUGGUCUCAGCAUGUUGUAUAGAAUUUUGAUCAAUGUUGUUCAAACAGGAUGUAAGUGCCUGAAUUCCUGAAGGUAUGGCCUACAGAAUGCAUCCUUCUCAUAAUUCAAGGAAAUGCUGUUUUGUUUGUGGCUGAGGAAAAAAAAUUGCUUUAACAUUCUACCUUUCAUUACAGAUAACUUGAGAAGUGUAGUACAUGUUGUGAGGAAAUCAGAGUGCAUACAUGAGUGAUUUUCCUGAGCUAAUGCCUGCCACCAUGUAUUGGAAAAUCACAAUUGGUGUGCCUGAAAUUAAUGUCAAAAGAUUCUCAGUUUCCACAAGGGAAGAGGUAUAGGUAAUUUCGCCCCUUCAGCCUGUUCCUUCAGUCAGUGAUGUCAUGGUUGAUCUGUAACUCUUUCUCCAUAUCCUUCAAUGCCUUUGGUUAACAAAAGAUUGUCAAGCUCAGAUUUUAAAUUAACAAUUGACCUACUAUCAAUUAUUACUUUUGGAAACGUUCUAAGGUAUGAAAGUAUUACGUAAUUGCACUCUUAAAAGCUUGUGGAUUUGGAUUUUAGAGCUUUGGACUGUGCCCCCUUAAUUCCUAGAUUCCCCAGUCAUUUUGGUAAAUCUGUGUAGCAUUCCCUCCAACAUGUCGUUCCUAAAGUGUGCCCAGGACUGCUCCUAAAAUUCCCCAUGUCUAACCAAAACUUAGAAUAGUCCUUUCAUAACUGCUACUCCCAGCUGUUCUGCAUGGCAUUCCAUUAGUCUGGUUAUUUUUAAUUUUUUUUAAUUUAAUAUUUUUAUAUAUGAACCCACUGAGUCUCUAUUAGACCACCAUUAUUUCUGGUGUUUCAACAUUUGUAAAGAAUUUUCUAUUUUUCAAUCCAAAAUUGAUGAUGUGGCAUUUUCACUGAAAUCCAUUUGCCAGUGUUAUGCCCAUUCACUUAAACUAUGUAAUUUAGUUGUUUCCAUCAGUACUAUACCCAUUUUUAUUUUAUGGUAACCUUGAACAUGUGAUUUCAAUUCCAUUAACUAGAUCAGAUGUUAACUUUUUGUGAACAAUUUUUGGGUCAAAGUAAAUGUCAAUCAAAAUUGUUGCAAUUCACUUGACAUGCUUGUAAACGGAGGCAGCUAAAUGUCAAAUAGCUUAAAAAUCUCUUUUUCAAAUUUUGCCAUGCAUACAAGGCCAAUGAAAGCAGUAAAAGAGGUCUUAACUGCAGGGUCAAGGCCUGUUUCACAGUUAGUAACAGGUUUCCACUUUAGUUGGGCUGCUCUGUGAGGACCUGAGACACCUGUCUUCCUCCAGAUAAUCAUUCUUUUUCAUUUCUCCUGUUUACCCCCAUGUCCACCCCUGUCAACUGCCUGUCUCUAUUUCCAUUAUCUUCCUGCCACCUUUCCUACCAUCUAUCAUUUGUAAUAUACCCCAAUGAUUCCCCCAUCCCAACAAUCUAUCUCCUCUUCAAUACCCCUUUGAUGUGAUCUUCUUUCUGUAAUGACCGAUCACACAGUAAAUUCAUGUACAUCCUAUGGGUCAAGCCAAGGGUUAGCCUGCAGCCCAUAGUUCGCCUUUCCCCAAUCUAAAUGAUAUUGUGAACAAAUGCAGAUCACUGUAAGUCAGGUUGUCUCAUUUUCAAUAUUUUCCUUUGUUGUAACUAUGUUAACUUAUGCCUUCAUUUUUGAGUUUAGUUAAUAAUUCUUGAGAGCAAAGUUUAAUGCAUCCUUUUCUGGAAGUAUAUAUAAAUAAUGUUGUAAUUACCUUCCUGUCCAUUACUUCCAAUGAUUUCAAUUGGGUUCAUCAGGGCUGACCUAGCCUCUACAAAUCUAAUGUGCUGAAAAUGUUCAACAUUUAAUUUUAUGCUUAAUUAUGGACUCUUAAUUUUCCAGCAAUAGGUGGUAGACUAACUGAUCUAUAAUGCUCCCUUUUUUGCCUUUCUUAAACAGCAGAGUACCAUGUUCAAUUUUCCAAUCCAAUGGAGGACUUGGGAAACUUUCAACUGAAAUUCCAGUUUAAAAAAUUGGAACUUCGGAAGGUUAUAGUUGACGAUGGACAUCAGUGAUGCCAUAUAUGUUUUAAAAUCCUGGGAUAGGAAUUGUUUUAGUGAUUGAAAUUCUUUACUGCUAUUUCUUCAUACUGUUGUCAUGAAUUUUAGUUAAUUUUCUUUCUUAAUUCAGUAUUUAUUUUCAUUGUGUACAGUAUGUACUCUUUUUCUCCCACUGUACAUACCAAUUCAAGGUAAUUCGACGUUUUACCAUUUCUGUGUUCCAGUUUACAAGGUCACACUACCUACACCCUAACCUUUUCCUCAUGUAGUUCUGUAAAAUAAUUGUGUUGCACUCACUUUCAAUUUUACUUGCAUAUACUUUUUGUUCUAGUUUAGUUAUACUUUUCAUCUUUUUCCUUGUGAUACCUUUAGAUUGUUUGGGCUGAAUUAAUAUACGUAUUAGUGACUAGCAGUUUCGUAGGGAAUUGUCAGCAUUCAACUGCUUCCAAUUAAGUCCUGGAUGUGUGCAGCCCAGCUGAAUGGAUAGCACUCCUCAGGGUCCAACAGCAGAACUUGAUCAUGCUGGAAUUCUCCGGCACUAACCUUGGGAAGCCAACUUUCUUAAACAGUUCUCACCACACCUGGCAUCCAAAUGGGGGUCCCUGGCCCUGUAAACUAGAUGGGUAAAGGUAAGUAAUUCUGUUUUUUUACGAACACCUAAGAAAUAAUUAAAAAUGUUCUUUUUUAAAAUUUUUUGAUUAUUUAAAACACUUAAUUCUUAAAUGUCUCUGAACAUCUGUAAACUGUUACAAAGCUUUGAAGAAGGUAAAGCUCCACCCCAAUCUUGCCUUCUGUCAAAAGCUUUCAGGGUAUUCCAGAGGCAGACCCUCAGGGGUAGUUUGUUCUUGACCUAUUCACUGUUGAGGUCUCACUGAUUAUCUUUUAGAGGCAGUAGGUCAACUUGUUCAGUCCUCCAGAUCUGGUCGGGUAAGAAUGGUGAUAAUAAUUUGAAUGGCAGACCAAGCCAUCUUUAUUCGCACCAUUAUACAUGCUGCUCAUUCCCCUUUUACAAAUUAAAGGUAAUUGUGACUAGGCCAUUUAAACUUUCCAUAAGGGUCUUAGUGAGAGCCUGCAUCAGGUGGAAUCCUUAUCAAUAGUAUAGUUCCUGUUUCAGAACUGAUGCCAGGGCCCUAUAAAAUGGAACUCCUCUUUCCCAUACUACUAUUUCGGCUACCUGUUUGCCUCUUCAAUCUCCUUAACCCUGCACCGUUCUCCAUGUGGCUCAGGUAGUAACUCAGAGGUCAUAGUUCUUGAUGUUUUUGGGAACUUGGAGAUAAAGACAACCUCAUUCCUUUCUAUUUAAAUAGACCGUAACAAUAUGAUACUUUAUAUUUUCAAGUCAGUUUGAGAUGUUACUCAUUUUGUCACCAAGUACGUAAAACAUACUAAUGUAGGGCACACUUCUGUCACAAAGGCUCAUUUAUGAUCCCCAUUGAUUGAUUCCCUGCGGCUGUAAGGUUUACAAUUUGCAUCUUUCUGGCCUCCUCCUCUUAGGUGUCAUGGCCAUUAUUCUGGCCUACUUUCUGACAGUAUUCUUAUACUCACAGAUAGCAAGAUAUUUGUUGUAUAGUAUUAGUUUCUAUGGAUCCUUCCUCCAUCUCAUUGAGGUUCCCAUUACUCUGUACACAUGCAAAUUACAAAUCUAGCUAUGUGGUAAUUACCCACUGUCAAAUCAGGUAAGAACUUUUAUUAAUAAAUAACUUUGAAAGAUAAUGUCUAUUUAAAUAUUACUAAUUUUUUGCAAUAUUCCCUUUGGUUAUGAAGCAUAUUUAUAUGCAUGUUACAAAAUGACAAGAAAACAUUUAAGUGCAUUCUAAUCUAGGAUCUAAUUUAUUUCAUCUAUAUUAGACUAUAAGAGAAGUACUGAAUUUGGGCUAAAGUUUCAGCAGAUUAGGAGAUCUGCCCUGAUGUGGUUUCCUGAAUCCCAUGAAAUUCCAUAAUCAGAUUGGUUGAACUGGUUGAAAAUGCUGCAGGAGAACAUGAAAGGGGAGACAAAAAGCUAAAGAUUUCCUCUUCAAACAGUCAACCAUGUGGCCUACAUUUCUAUCAUUUGCAGACUUCUUUAUCAUGCUGCCUAGUUUAAAUCAUCAACAUGUAUUGCACAAAGGACCGAGGACAUUAAAAUUCUAAUAAUCUGCCAUCCGACUACUCGGAAGUGUUGAUGGUUCAGCAUUUGGCUUGCUGCGCUCCCUUUCAACUCACCAGGUUCACUGGAAAAUUUAUUAUUCACUUUUUAAAAAAAACUAAAAGUAUGUUGGAGAUAUAAUAGGAAUGACAUUCAAUAGUGUGGAAACUCUGCCAAUCCAGCACCACCGAAGUCCCGUGUGUGCCAGAUUAACUGAGUUUUACUGUUCUGAGCCCUGUGAAACCUCACUGGAAACAGCCUUCCAGUCAAAAACAACCGUCAAUCAUUAUCCUUUGCCUUUUGCCAUUGAGUUAAUUUCGAAUCCAGUUUGCCUUUGAACUUCAUGGACAUUC